UACAAUAGCCUUCAGUGGGACAGUGUCUGCCGGCUGAGCAAGAUGUUCGGGACACUUGUGCUAGCUGCGCUAGUCGCGGGCUCGCUAGCGGUCGACGUGGCCUUGGUGAGCGAAGAAGAACUCGGCGUGCGGGUGCAGGACCACACGAGCGGAGGCCUCAACAUAAUUGUGACCAGGAACAACUCCGCAAGCACGCUCAUGUGGAUCGGCCGCUACGCCGGAGUAGCCACGGGCAGCGUGGUGGACGAGGAUCUGUUAGUGUACUUCAGCAACAACGUGAGCGUGCGCAUCAGCAGCCGCCAGAUACAAGUGCCCAAGAGAGGAACUGUCAUCAGCGUCGCGUGGCGCGCGCCGACCAAUGCGCGCCUGAUCGACUGUCUCAACUUAGGUACAAACAACUGGUACGGAGGUCCUCAGCAGAAACGUCAGUUGUGGCCGAUCGAUAACCUCGUGCUCCCGGACUACUCCUACGUCACCAAAGAGGCUGACAACUGCGGUAUUGCGGAGCCCUACUGGCUCGGUUCCGACGGCACAUAUCUGUUCUUCGACAAGAGAGUCCCAUUGUUCGUCGACCAGAACGUCAUACAACAGAGAACGACGUGCUUCGUAGCUGAAGUGAGAGCCCCGUAUUCAUCCAGCAGAAGGGACCGGUUGGAGAUGCCCUACGUAAUCGGGAUUUUCGACAACGUCAGAGAGGCGCAUGAACACGCAGUCGCCACGGUUUUGGGCAAACCAACCGGGUAUCCUGACGAGAAGAUGAUCAGAUCUCCUAUUUGGUCUACGUGGGCCCGCUACAAAAGCGCCAUCAACCACGACGUGGUACUGGAAUUUGCGGACGAAAUCAACCGUUACAAUUUCUCAAACAGUCAGUUCGAACUUGACGACCUUUGGGAGAUAUGCUACGGUUCUUUGACGGUUGAUGUAAACCGUUUCCCGAAUAUGUCGAAUACAGUGAGCGCUUUGAAGUCGAGAGGAUUCCGAGUGACCAUUUGGAUGCAUCCUUUCAUGAAUAAGGGCUGCGAGCCUUGGUACACUGACGCGUUGAAUGACAACUACCUGGUCCUCUCGGAAGAGGGCUCAGAGGUAACGAGCUGGUGGAACGACAACGGUACCACGGCCGCCUACGUGGACUACACAAAGCCCGAAGCCCGCAAGUGGUACAACGACCGGGUACAACUGCUACGGGACCAGUACGGCAUCGACAGCUUCAAGUUCGACGGCGGGGAGACCAGCUGGUCUCCGCAGAUUCCUGUUCUGCAAAGCGACAUUGACGGGCAGCCGUCGGCGAUAACAACGGAAUACGUUAAAAGCGUCGCACAGUUUGGUCCAAUGGUCGAAGUACGGUCCGGAUACGGAACGCAAGACCUGCCGAUCUUCGUGCGCAUGAUCGACAAGGACUCGUACUUCACGUUCGAGAACGGGCUGCCAACUCUCAUCACCACGCUGCUGCAGAUGAACCUCAACGGAUACACGCUGGUGCUGCCCGACAUGAUCGGCGGCAACGGCUACAACAACACCACGCCUUCCAAGGAGCUGUUCAUCCGGUGGCUGCAGGCCAACGUGUUCAUGCCAAGCAUGCAGUUCUCUUACGUGCCGUGGGAUUACGAUGACGAGACGGUGCAGAUCAGCCGUGAGUUAGUAGCGCUCCACGAGCAAUACGCUCCGGACAUCAUCAGGGCCUGCCAGCGAUCCGUGGCGGACGGCUCGCCUGUCAACGCGCCCAUCUGGUGGAUUGCGCCGGAAGAUACCACCGCGCACGCGAUAUGGGAUGAAUUCCUUCUCGGCGAAAAUAUCUUAGCAGCUCCCGUAGUAACUCAGGGCGCGACCAGUCGCGACAUCUACCUUCCCGCUGGUAGGUGGAAGGAAUUAGGCAACUCCUCAUUGAUCCACGAAGGACCGAUCUGGAUCAGAAACUACGCAGCUCCGCUGAACGUGCUCCCUUACUUCAUCAGAGACCUUAGUAGUCCAAAUUCUGCUAGCACUCCUUGUGUAGCUGCUCUCCUGGUAGUUUUAGGAUUGGUAAUUAACAUUUUAAUUAAAAACUAGAUAAUAAUAUUAAUACUAAACAAAAAGUUUUGUGUUGUGUCCCGUCGUGACAACGUUCCAUGCAACUGGGUCUAAAUAUCGACAAAUCCAAAAUAUUAUCACGGUAUGUACCCGUUGAACUAUAUUUAAGAAAAGUUUUGUGUAUUUUUGAAAAAUGAAUAAAAUGUAACUACAAAAUUCCCAUUUCCCAUCUGUAGCUCGAUUUGGGUCGUGCUAUUUUAAUUAUUAGGUUAGAAGCCAAUUAUUAUUCAUUUCCUAAAUAUGCCUUAUUUUUUAUUUCAUUAAUUUAUUUUAGGAUUCAUUAAAUUAGUACGUAUUAGACCUAUUGUAAAAAGUCACUCAUAAAUAUUUAUAUUUGAAAAAUAUAAUAUUACAACUCU